UUGGGUCGUCGGUUGUCAUCUUCUUCUAGUAGUAGCAGCCUUCAAGGAAGGAAUUCAUCAUUCAUCCAGCCCACUCAUGAAGACCUUUGGGCUUUUCAUUGAAUCCAUGGACAUGAAUGAAGAGGCAGAAGGAUGCUUCGCUUGAUAGACCCACACACACCCCACUUUGUCAUCUUCCCACGUUUCCCAAGAAAAAUUCAAACAGAAGCCAGCCGAAUGAGGGCCAAGAACCAAUUUUUAUUAGAGAUAGAGCUUUAGAUUCAAUACUAAAUUGCUAUUCUCUGCAUGAGUGCAGAGGUCAAUUGACUAGUUCUACUAAAUCGUGCUUAAUGAUCAUAGCAAUGCUGUGAGUGGCCUUGAAGCAAGCAAGCAAGAGGACACAGCGGACACAAUAUGAAAAGAAGCAUAGCUCUUUAGCCUGUAGCCAUGUCGCAGGACCGAGGAAGAAGCUUCCCAAGGGUUCAAACUACUCGCUCUUCUCGUGACACCGUAAUGCACAGUUGCCUUCUUCUUCUUCUUCUCCCAUUUCUUCCCUUCUUCGAAUGCUGCAGAUGAAAUGGGGAAGGCCAACCUUCUUCGGUUUCUCAGUUGAGGGUGCUUUCCAAUGCCUUCCAAAAGAAGAACACGUCUGUCGUUACAGUCAAAGAAAAGCAACCCACCGAGGCCCCCCAAUUCACCAGCAGAUAUUUUGUUUCUAUCUGCCAAAGUCUGACAGCUUCUUCUCAGGGUAAAGAGGAGACUGAAAAGAGGAGGGAGGUAGUAAAUGAGCAAAGCUUUCAUCCGUAAACAUAUGAUGCAGCUCAGGGAAGCAAGCGAGGAAUCUAGAGGUUCCUCAAGCUCCAUGUCGGUUAUCACUACUGGCUUCUCCCCCAUGGACAGCAUGACCCCUUCAUAUCUGCAAGCCUCUACUCUUUUGCCAGCCAUUGGAAGGCAUUCAUUAGACUCCAGCUCCUACUUCAGCAACAAGGGCAACCCAUUUGUUGACUCAUUCCCUGAUCCACUCUGCAAGCUCAACCUCAAGGAGACAUCAGACUUCGUCAAGGCAUUUCCAAUGAAUACAAAGUGCAGCAGCGAUAACAGGGGGCUGCUCGAAGCCUCAAGUCAGAGGAGGAGAGAAGGAUUAAGCUUAAUGGGGCAGAAAAGGCUGGAGACUCCUUCAACCCCUGGGAAGCCUGUUUUCAGCUUCAGCCCUGGGCACCUUUACAGGAAGAACAUUCCUUCCAAGUGGGAUGAUGCGGAGAAAUGGUUGAUCAGUAGCUCUUGCAAUGAAUCCCCUGCUCAUGUGACAAAACCAACAGACUCAUCAUCAAAAAUUUCCAGGCAACACGGCAUUCUUCCACAGAAAGGUGACUCCUUUGCUGAGAAGCAGAUGAGUUUUGCUGAGAGAAAGGAUCUAAGCUCCCCUAUCCCAGGUUUUGAUGGUCCAGUUAUGUCCAUGGACCCAAUUGUACCUUUCAGUGGAGCCUCUUCAGAAGUACUCCUUAAAGAUAAGUUCACAAACAAUGCAGAUCAAGUCUACCCAAAUUUUAGGUACUCAGAACCAUCUGAAGAAGAUUUUGUUUCCAGAAACUCAUGCUUUGGACCACCCAUGGAAGAUACAACGACAGCUGCUGGAAUAUGCGAGGUUCAGCGCAGAGACAUUGGCACUGAGAUGACUCCUUUAGGGAGCUCAACAGCAACAAGAUGCAAUACUCCAAUUAAGAGCUCUUCACCAGCAAGGCACAACACUCCAGCUGACAGAUCUGGAGCUUUGGUUCCUUGUAACACAUGCAUCGAUAUUUCUGAGCUUAAUGACUGCCACUUUGCCAAGCUAAAGCUUAGUGCACAAUACGACCCAAUCGUAUCAAAUUGGAGCACAAGGGAAGAGGAAGAAGAGGAGGUAUCAAGGAGUUUGAGGCACUUAGAAAUAAGCAGCGGAAGGACGAGUAUUGGAGUAUCUUGGGCUUCUGCCUGGGAAGAAGAAGAGAGGACUAAAAGCUGUCUCAGAUAUCAGAGAGAAGAAGCAAAAAUUCAAGCUUGGUUAAACCUUCAGAAUGCUAAAGCAGAAGCUCAGUCCAGAAAGUUGGAGGUGAAGAUACAGAAGAUGAGAUCCAACUUGGAAGAGAAGCUGAUGAAAAGGAUGGCAAUCGUUCACAGGAGGGCUGAGGAAUGGAAGGCCGCAGCACAGCAACAGCACUCCCAACAGCUAAAGAGAGCAUCUGAGCAUUCACAGAAGAUGAAGAGUCAGCACAGCUCUCGAUUCCCUGUCAACUCAACUUGUGGUUGCUUCCCUUGCAACAACCAGCUCUAGUACAGACCAAACAGUGACCAUGUCUUCUCUCUAUAGACCAGAAAAGUAAUGCAGCCAAAGGAUCCAAAAAUGACUGGGCGCAUUGUGAACCUGUGAUAUCUUUCUUGUAUUCUUCACAAAGGAUAAUUAUUCUGGUGUUUCCUAUUUGGCUUUGUUGAUGAAAAAGAUU